AUGGCGGUGAAGAUGGGCGACUUUCCCGGAACCUUCAUCGCAGAUCUAGGCCCCGCGCCUGUAGAAAUCACUCCAGAAGGCUAUCAUGAGAUUGAACUCAACAAGACCAAAUGGGUGAUACCUCACUGGUACAACAGUUUGCGAGCACUGGGAGAGGGUGCCUAUGGAGUUGUGUGCACAGCCGAAUACGAACCCACUGGAGACCGAGUGGCGAUUAAAAAAUUCUUUCGGCCAUUUCAAAGUACAAUUCAUGCAAAAAGAACGUAUCGAGAACUGAAAUUGUUACGAACAUUGCAGCAUGAUAAUGUGCUGGAAAUGAUAGAUGUAUUCACUCCAGAUCCCGAUGCUUCGUCUUUAAAUUAUGUAUACUUUGUGUCCGUUCUGAUGGGCUCCGAUCUUCAAAACAUUCUAAAAAUUCAACGGCUGACUGAUGAACAAAUUCAACUUCUCAUCUAUCAAGUGCUGCGUGGGCUAAAGUAUAUUCAUUCGGCUGGGAUUAUCCAUCGAGACCUAAAGCCAUCGAAUAUCGCCGUCAACGAAAGAUGCGAAGUCAAGAUUUUGGAUUUUGGCCUAGCUCGUGCUCAGGAUGCCGAAAUGACAGGAUACGUCGCGACAAGAUGGUAUAGAGCCCCCGAGAUUAUGCUCAAUUGGAUGCAUUAUACACAGACAGUUGACAUUUGGUCAGUCGGAUGCAUCCUAGCGGAACUUGUCUCCGGGCGACCACUGUUUCCAGGUGACGAUCAUAUUGACCAACUAACGAAAAUUAUGUCAGUAGUUGGGACUCCACAAGAAGAUUUUUGGUCGAAAAUUCAAUCGGAGGAAGCUCGAAAUUAUAUCAAAAAUCAGUCUCCAAUCGUCCGCCAAGACUUUGGCGCCUUGUUCCCAAUGGCAUCUCCAUAUGCAGUUGAAUUAUUGGAAAUGAUGUUAAUUUUGGAUCCAGACGAGCGAAUUUCAGUUUCCAGUGCUCUUCGUCAUGACUACCUUCGAGAGUAUUCCGUUCCAAAUGAUGAACCAGUUGCCACGAUUACGGUAACAAUUGAUUCUGCUGAAGAAAAUGCUGAAUCUCUGAACGAUUGGAGAGAAUUGAUUUGGAACGAGAUUCGAUUAUUUCAAACUUCCGCCCGUCGACUUAGUUUUGUUAGCUGUACGGAUACUGAAGAAGAGUCAAUGAAAAUAUAA